CUAAUCGUGUUGCUUCGAUGGUAGGUAGGUUCUGAAGAUUUUGACUUUUAUUUUGACAUUAAAUAAAUCGUGGUGUAGUAAAUAUGGCUGACGAACUCAAUGUUGACAGUCUAAUUCACAGACUUUUAGAAGUUCGAGGAUGCCGUCCUGGAAAGACAGUGCAGAUGUCAGAGUCAGAGGUAAAAGGCCUCUGCACCAAGUCUCGGGAGAUAUUCCUACAGCAGCCGAUAUUACUGGAGUUAGAGGCACCGCUCAAAAUUUGUGGUGAUAUUCACGGUCAGUACACAGACUUGCUGCGUCUAUUCGAAUAUGGCGGCUUUCCGCCAGAAGCCAACUAUCUAUUUUUGGGUGAUUAUGUGGAUCGCGGCAAGCAAUCUCUCGAAACCAUAUGCCUAUUGCUUGCUUACAAAAUCAAGUAUCCCGAAAAUUUCUUUCUGUUGCGAGGCAACCACGAAUGCGCGAGUAUAAAUCGUAUUUAUGGAUUCUAUGAUGAGUGUAAACGUCGUUACAAUAUAAAGUUAUGGAAGACGUUCACUGAUUGCUUUAAUUGCCUUCCGAUUGCCGCCAUUAUCGAUGAAAAGAUAUUCUGUUGUCACGGCGGUCUCUCACCAGACUUGCAGGGUAUGGAGCAAAUUAGAAGGAUAAUGAGACCGACAGAUGUUCCUGAUACAGGUUUGCUCUGCGAUCUGCUAUGGUCAGAUCCAGAUAAGGAUGUGCAAGGAUGGGGCGAAAACGACCGUGGUGUAUCAUUUACAUUCGGUCCUGAUGUUGUCAGCAAAUUUCUCAAUCGCCAUGAUUUGGAUUUGAUUUGUAGGGCUCAUCAGGUUGUAGAAGAUGGGUAUGAGUUCUUUGCCAAGCGGCAGCUAGUGACGCUCUUCUCUGCACCAAACUAUUGCGGAGAGUUCGACAACGCUGGCGGGAUGAUGUCUGUAGACGAAACACUAAUGUGCUCUUUUCAGAUACUAAAGCCAUCCGAGAAAAAAGCGAAGUAUCAAUACAACGGUAUUAACAGCGGAAGACCAGCCACGCCUCAAAGAUCGCCUCCCAAGAAGAAAUAACUGACAUUUGGAAUCCAGUGUGCUGCACAGUGAGAAGGAUGCUACAAAUAAUUUAAUUGUAUCGAAUAUAGUAAUAACUAUGUUUAUCUGGUCAUUGGACAGAGCCGAAUGGGAUGCUGUGUAUUGUUAAAAAAUAUUUAUCGAUUAUUGCUUGUGCCUUCUUAUUUUUAAUUUUACUUUAAAUGUGAGUGAUAUUAAUUUAUGACUUUAGUUUACAGAGGUUUUGUGAGAGUUGCUGGUACGUUUAUUCGGCGAUGUCUCAUGACCUGCUUCUUCGAUCCCUGACAUAUGGCAGCCAUUCAUAUCCUUGUUGUUUUUUGACUUAUUGAUAUUAUAGAAAAAUUAUUUCGUUAAUAUAGAUGUUAAAGGUGAGCUAUCUUAAGAUGCGGGCAUUGGACAUGAUCGUCAUACCAUUGAAUAGUUUUGAUGUUGUAGUGGAUCGAAAGCACCGUUGCUUUGUUUAUUCUGUAACUAAUGUGCCUAUAAUUGUAAAUUAUAUAUAGGUCUUGGUAUAAGCGACGAAAAUUGGUUAAAUUGAAAAUUAUAAUUCUUUUCCUGUAAAUUUUUAUUAAAUUAUUAGACGAAAAUGUUUUCAAAAAACAAAUCGUCCUUUUUAAUUUACCACCUUUUCGUACCAAUAUAUUUUUAUUUAGUUAUUUUGUGGAGCUGGCCUAAGACAUAACCUUUGCCGUGUAGCUAAUAAGAGUUCUUUACAAUUUAAGAACUCCAUUGCAAGUUACACUUAGUUUUUGGAGUUUACUGAAGUCCCAGUGAAAUUUUCUUUUAUUUUCCACACAGUAUUAUUCUAACAAAUAAGUAAUUUUCAAAAUUAUUGGCAGAUUGGCGUGAUCAAUUGAGGCUUCAAAUAUUGUAUUAAGUCUCGAAAUUAAUUGAAAUGACGUUAGAAGCGGUAGUCCUCGCAACAAUAGUGCAAUUGCUAUAUUAUUAUAAUUAUAUGAAAUAUUAAAAAUUAUAUGCAGGUUUUGCAUUGUACAAUUUUAUUUUUUAGCUAUGUUAACAAUGUCAAAUAAUAUUCAUUAAUAAAUAUUACUAUUUAAAGUAAGAGCUUUAUUUUUGUUCCAUUUUUUUUAAACAAUUUAUUGUAUAAUUUUUAUGGUAACAACGUUAAAAUUCUGUAUAUUGCAAUAAUUGUUAUUUAAUUACAUUUUUUCAUGUUUCUUCACUUUCAAACAUUUUCCACGAUUUUUAUUGUAGAAACUGUAUUGCUUUACCAUGAUUAGAAUCUUCACUUUAGUCAUUUGCGAAAAUUAAUGCUAAUAGCUAAUUCAAAAUUAUGUUGCAAAUUAGAUUUUGUGAUUCUUUCUGUCACACUUACAUAAUAAUCUCUAUGUUCAUCUCUACUGUAAAAGAUAGUUUCAGAGUUAAAUCAGUUUGAAUUAUCUAGAUAAUACGAAGUUUUGUUGUACUUUCUCUGUGUACAUUUUUCUGAAAUAUAAAUUUUAAUCAAU